AUCAUCAGCGGUUGGGUUGGGUCGAAGAUCUUAAGGCCAAUCUAAUAUGUGUGUCUACCUACAGCUGCUCGGGUGCAUGUGAACGCUCUAGUUAAGCGAUUGUUCGAAGGUGCUAUAAAACCACCAUUCGAAGAUCCUCCCGGUCCAGUCGGGUUGUUUGCGCUUCAACACGUAGCAGUACACAGGAACACGUAGUCGUACGUCGACCAUAAUGUCGCUGGAAACGGUUAUCGAAAAGGUGAAGGCUCGGGUUGCUGCCGUUGAUCCGAACGGACCACGAAAGGUGCUGGGAGUGUUCCAGUUUAACAUCAAAACUGCAUCCGGUGUGGAACAGUACGUGAUCGAUCUGAAGCAGUUGAAGGUGGAGAAAGGUACGACGACGACACCGGACGUGACCGUUACACUCACGGUGGAAGACCUGAUUGCGGUCAGUGCCCGUACGCUAUCCGUGGGCGAUGCGCUAACACAGGGAAAACUUGAGAUUCAGGGAGAUGCCACGUUGGCCGCCAAGUUAGCCGAAGUCAUCUAGACGAUGGGAACGCCCUUAAUCUCUGAUGUGAUUUAAAGACCUACGCUUCGACUCCUUCACCCGACUUUGGUUACUUUUCAUGGAUUUAUAUGAGUUUUUUUUUAAAUAAACCAUAACAAAAAUUUCACCAAA